CGCCACCGCAUCUGCCUCAUUCACGUCGCCGAGUGACACCCCGAAUCUUGCGCAAACUUCGACGUUUGUCGACAUACCCCCCUGUCCACGACCCUAGACUUCACAAUGGACAACCGAUUCACGUCAACGCUCUUUGGCUUUGCCGCCUUCUCCACCCUCUUGCUCUCCAUACAGCCUGCCGGUGCUUCAGACUGGACGUAUUCAUACUGCUCUUCACUAAACACUGGAGAGCAAAACACUGCCUAUACCUGGCCAUACCAGUCUAAUGGUAACUGUACCAACCAUUGCAAGGAGGAAGGAGGUUCAUGGGCGUUUGCUGUUAUAAAAUACACCGACUGUUGGUGUUCCAACUAUGUGCCCGGAGACACAGCAAGCUCUAGCGCCUGUCUGCAGGACUGCCCUGGCUUCCCCGACGAGAAAUGCGGUAGCAAAGAUAAAGAUCUUUACAUCUAUGUUCAAAUGGACGGCCAGCCAUCCGGUACUAAGGGAGGUUCAAAGCCCUCCUCUACCGCGGCUGCACCUUCUAAGCAAACUCAAAAACCGCAAUCGCAACCACAAUCACAACAACCUACUUAUGCUCCACCUCCUGCACAAGUGGUAACGAGCAUUGUGACGCAGAAACCAGAGACUGUCUUCUCGACAAUCACUGCAAAGCCAGACUCUUCUCCGUCUCCAUCUUCGUCCUCGUCCUCGUCCUCCACUGAUACCAAGAAACCAUCGUCUACGGAAGCUCCUUCCCGGACCCAGGAGCCCGUCACAGUGCCGACUCUAGUUACCGAAAGUGGAAAUGUCAUCACCCGCACUGUCGUCAUAACACCAUCGGCCCCUGCCCCUACAAACAAUGACUCAAAAGAUUCACCCAACGUAGGUGCUAUUGCUGGUGGCGUAGCUGGUGGCAUCAUUGGUCUACUCGCCAUCAUUGGUAUUGUUUUCUUUGUCUUGUGGAAGAGGAGGAGGCAACAGCGCGAGGAGCAAGAAGGCGGUGGCGGCAUCCAACGCAACGUCAGCACCAUGAGCAGAGCUGGUUUGCUUGGAGGACGUGCUGAGAAGUCACCCACACCCCUUACCACAACUUUUGGUUCACAACGCAGCCGAUCGAAUGAAGAGUCGAUAACACCCAUCACUCCAUCAGGCCGCAGAUUAAGUCAACCGAUUUUAGUCGACUCUCGCCUCAACCCAGCUGCUGUUCUCACCUUUCACGGUGCGAACCUAAGUCGAGAAAGCUUAGGCAGCAUUGAUGACAGCCGGGACUACGGUCGCCAGCUGAACGUACGGAAUCCCGAUCCGUAGAGCGUACGAGACUUUAAACCCACAAUUCCAUGCAACAUCUGGAUCGGCACUUGACCAAAAUGCGAAGCGCCCCCAGAACAACACCAAAAA